AUGAUCAUUGCAAGGUUAGGAUUAAGAAUUAGGAUAUUGAGAUAAACAUAGGAUUGUGUUCAUACAUAAAUAUGGCUCGAAAUAUAGAUAUAGGUCUGGUUUUCAUGUGGUUAUUAGUCUUUAUGUUUCGAGUGGUAGGUUUAUGAUUGGGCUCAAGAUAAAGGAGAAACACAUUCAUAGACGAAACAUGGAGAUAUAACCUUCAUGUGCUUGCCAUGCUGAAACAAGCGAACACGGAAGCGAGGCCAUUGGGGAAAAAGUGCAAAAAACAAUAAAGUUUGUUAUUUAUCGGACCCAGAAGCAAUCUCGUUCCCGAGCCUGCGAGAUUGACCCAGAAGUUGAGCAUAAAAGAUGAGCUCAUACUCAGUCCUCGAACGGAAAUCCUGAGUGACUCGGCCAAGGAGCGACGUCACACUGACUCACACAGCUAUCAGUUGACGCACAAAAUGAUAAGCAGGGUCAUGGAGAGAUCACUGGCAAUUUUUUCUCUUCUAGUAUUUAUAUUUCAUAUUUCAAGUGGCGCGCAAAAAGUUAGAUAUGAUGGGUAUGUGUAUCUGUAUAAAUAUUUAAAUCACUCGUUAAUAAUACAUGAAGAACAUUUACAUAAAAUGUUUAAAUAGUGCUUGUGAAUUCGAUACAAGGCAUUUGUGGUUGUGUCAAGUCAUACAGAAUUAUUGUAGAAAGACUAAUAUUAUCAUCUCGGUUAGUUGAGUACUUUUUGCUUGCUGGUAUUGUGUCUUGAUUUAAUCUUAACAAAUUCUCAUACUGCCCGAAUAGCAUGAAAAUUUCACAAACUAAAUAGAACAUGUUUGCGUGCUGGUUAUAUAUUAUUAAAGACAAUUUAUAUAAGACAAAGACUUAACGUAGCGCGCUUUGUCAAUCCAGAUUAAAUAUUUUCCGCCAGAUUGAUAAAUUGAUAACUUUGUUUUAUGUAGGUUAGUAGGUAGCAUUUGAUUGUAGACAUUGUGAAAUCGCUACUAAAUUAGAGCGUCAAGUAACCCCACAACGACAUCUGAGCAGAUUGAGUAUUUGAAUGUAAACACACGUUUGCGGUAUCCGUUGAAUAUUUUAGAGAAAUACAAUACCGGAAACUUGGUCGAAACGCGGUAUUUAGGUAUUUACAUUAGAAGAAUGAAAAUUUUUUGAGUUUUAUUGUACUGUAUUUCAUUAAAACACAUUGUUUUCUCAGUUCAAAUAUUGAUGCCCAGAUUCGAGUGUGUGUCUUUUUUUGAGAAUAACUAUAGGUGUUGAAGUUCACAACAUAUGAAAGAACUAUGUUUUAUAGCUCAAGCGGCAAGCCCAGUAUAUUAAGAUUAUGUCAUGGAUUCAUGUCUCGCUGUUUAUGCGUCGGUUAGCAUUAGCAAUCGAUUAAGUGCAACACAGAGCGUGCUAUAGAAACAUUGGAGCGCUGAUGGUUUAGUGAAGCAAGGAGAUAUACCUCAUUUGAAAAUUUCCUUUCACCGAGCCUACGGGCAAUUGUAAUAAAUCUUUGUCCUUUGGAAAAUCCUUUAUACGAUGAUCUGCCCUCUCUUGCUGAGAUCUUAAUGAGAUAAUAUUUCUUUGAGGUAAUCUCAGUGUGAUCAUGCACGGGAAAACUUGCAUUUUAGAAAGUGUAGAAAGUAUAGCUCUCAUUUCCUGAACUUGAAGGUCACUGGUUGACCAUAUUAGCGAAGCGCGAAUGACAGCUAUAGUUUAUAACUGCGUAUGAAUUUCUUUCAAUAGAUUAUUUGUUUAUAUAGGGAAAAUUAUUUAGUCAUUUGCGCAAAAUUAAACCUUGCAUCAAAUGCCUAGAAUCAAGCACACAAAGAUGAUUUUAGUGGGGGUGAUAAUGGUAUAUGAUUUACACAUUUUACGUUCAAGUUUUCUCGAAACAGCCGUGACCUUGCUUUUGCUGUCAUGUCAAUUAGCAAGCCAAUACGAUAUCUUGGAUCUCGAUUUCAAACUUUUAUAAUUUAAUCAAAUUAUUGUAUUUACAUUUUGCAUUUUUCUCCGGCCAUCAUUGAGAGGACAGAUUGGCACUUUCGAGGCGCUCUACACUCAAAUAUGUCACAUAUAUUUUACAUAAUUGGUAUAUUUACACAUCAUGAUUAGGUAUCUUGCCGCGUUUCCUCACAUGCCUUUCCUCACAUUCACAGGCCUUGCAUGGCUGACAAGGUGUCAUAAGAAGUUGGAAGAUUUGUCCUCUAUUAACACUUGUGUUAUUGUUUUUGGGAUAACGAGAAUUGCAUUCCCGAAAUUCUACAGAAUUAUGUUCACACAUUUUUACAGUAUGUUUUCCACGAACACCAUAGUAUGAUCUCGGUCCCUUUAUCAUUAGUUCAAUAGUGCACCACUCGGAUUGUAAAGUAUACGAUCUCGGGUAGUGUUGGCGCCUAGUAGGCUUACCUGAACUCCAUGUCGGACUUAGUUCUAUUCGAACAGGUUUUGAAAACACAACAUCAAACCCAUAACUAUUGCAUGCGGUAAAUUCUGAUGUAUAGGUACCACUAAGAGUUUCGCCAUUCAUGGCAUUAUAUUCUGUCGCCUUCAUCGUUACAUGGUAUGUACUGCCAUGAGCAUCACCAAAUAAUCGAACCCCGUGGAACAUCAGUGCUUCUUGCUCGGGUGCAGGUUCAGUAGAUUUAACAGUUUUGAUCUCUGAGUUGACCACUCUAAAUUCAAGGUAAUCGUUUGCUCUCCGAGAGUAGUUCCAGGAGAAAUAUUGAUCUGGGUUUUCAUGAAAUCUACACCACACUAACGCAAACAAAUAUCUCCAUGUACUGCUAGUAGCUCUGACAUUCUCCACAUCAAAUCUUGUAUAUCUCAGAUAAUCAGAUCUCUUCUUUGUAACUGGCCACUUCAAUGACUGAGCUGGAUCAUAGCCGAAGAAUUUCUGCAAAAUGGAUAAGGAAUCUUCACUUUUCAGCAAACCUGUGGGUAUCACAUUCUGGAAGAACUCGUCGUGCGACAUGGCAAGGAAACGAAGAUGGUAGAUAGCAUCACCGAGGACUAAUCUUCUAGUUUCUCCUGUAACCUCCAAAUCACGUCUUCGACAUUGAUAUUCUGACCAUUUCAAGACUGCAUGAAAUAAUUCAAGCUCAGUGAUCCGCAAUGAAUCCCGUUUCAGAAAAUCACACAACAGACUCGCGUCGAUCUCGUUAAAACUUUCCGACUUUGUAACUGCUCGCGUUUCUAAGUCUACCACUUGCCAGCCUGACUCUUUUAAGGACUUUUCUCCAACCAGUAUUGUAUAUGCAAACACUAGCCAAGCGUUUUGAGCUGUGAGUUUCGCUUUAACGAUUUUGACGCAUUCCUCUGUUAGAGCUGUGAUCAUAUACUUGUGAGCCAGAUACAUCACCUUCAACGCCAGUUCUGUUCCGAUGGGUGUUUGAUCUGUGUACAAAUAGCAAAGAAACGCUUCAAGGCUUUCUUUAUCAGUAUCGGUCAGAUGAACCACAGAGCUUGUCUCGGGAAGACUGCCAUAGAACAUUGUGUGAAACACUGGACUGCUUGUUGCGAGAACAUACUUAUGUGCGUAGAAGACUUCCUUGUAAGUUUCACCACACGAGAGUUGAAUAUCGCUCAUCUCAGCGUUAUUAAACAUACACGCAUUUCUCUCUUGCACAGACUUUUUAUUCAACUGCCAGUCUUGACCAGUUUGAACCGACAUUAUGAAGAAUAUAUGACCUAAUGUAAGAAACAAAAUGUCUAAAUUUAAACAACUUCCGUCUUUCAAUGCCAGACAACCCCACUUCGAGAUACAUGUUGUAAUUCAAUACUUCAAUAUAAGUUUUCCUGGAAGAAAGCCGGAAGUGUGACAAAGAAAAUUCCAUGAGUGUUAAAUAUGAUUUUUUUAUUUUUUCAGACACAAACUGAUCCGAAUCGUUCCAACAUCCAACCAUUCUCUGACUUUUCUGCAACAACUUAAUUCAGCAUCUGCUUCGCUUGGGGUAAGCUUAAUGUUGGAUUAGUUUACGAAUAUAAUUACGAUUAGCAAAUAUGGCGCAAUAUCAAAUGCGCUUAACAUCAAGUAUUACAUAAAUAUACAGUACUUAACGUAGACUAUUUUAUCUUUACAACAAUUGUGACCUGUGUUUAUCCUGACCCAACCCCAUCAACUUUUCCUGUGGGAGGAAACCGGAGCACCCGGAGAAAACUCACGACUUUCGGUAGAGCAUUGACUGACUCUUUUCACAUGAGUCCGUAGCGAGAACACACGCUUCCGGAAAGUACGUCACUUUGGCUAUAGAGCCAAAGAUUAGAUACUAUAAAGAUGUGUCACUCUGCGAAAAUUAUGUCCGAGAUUUUCUUAUAGCCGCCAUUUUGCCAGUAAGUGUCAAAUUCGUCAAAAUUCGUCAUAUAGCGCGAGCAUCGCGAUGGCAACCUAUUGUAUUCAGUCUCGCCGCCAUUUUGGCAGUAAGUGUUAUGCACUCGUCAUCUCGCGUGAUCACUCGUGAUCAGCACGGAAAAUUACGGACACGCAAACAUUAGGGAAAUACGUCGAGUGACACAUCUUUAUAGUAUCUAAUCUUUGAUAGAGCCUCGUUUUCGUGAUUGAAACGUGAGCUUCAACUGAUGUCAGAUACACGAAAACGAGGCUCUCUAGCCAAAGUGACGUACUUUCCGGAAGAGUGUAUUGGACCCACGAACUCAGAGAUGAAAGUCACUUGCUCUGACGACUACGCCACCAAAGCCUCCAUAUUUUGCUACUACAAAAUAUUGAACUAAAUAUUGUACAUUUUAUUUUAAAUUAAAUAUUGUACUUUUUAUUAGCUUGACUUCUGGUCGUAUCCUACAACCCUCCGACAACCAGUAGAUAUUCAUAUUCCACCAAACUACCUCCAGGAACUGUCCAAUGUUCUUCAGUAUCAGAAUAUCACAUAUAGAGUUCUUGUUAAUGAUCUACAAAGAUUACUUCAGAAAGAAUAUUCUCCAAGCGGUUCAAAACCUACAUCUGAAGAUUUUGAUGCAAAAUAUCACUCCUAUUCAGAGGUAUUCAUAUUGUUGUUGUUGUUGUUGUUGUUGUUGUUGUUGUUGUUGUUGUUGUUGUUGUUGUUGUUGUUGUUGUUGUUGUCGUUGUCGUUGUCGUUGUCGUUGUCGUUGUCGUUGUCGUUGUCGUUGUCGUCGUCGUCGUCGUCGUCGUCGUCGUCGUCGUCGUCGUCGUCGCCGUCGUUGUCGCUGUCGUUGUCGUUGUCGUUGUCGUUGUCGUUGUCGUUGUUGUUGUUGUGUGUGCAUGUCAUUGUCUUGUGUGCAUGUCAUGUACUUUCAGAUAAACUGUUUUUUUCUUUCCCAGAUAUUAGAUGAAUUAAGAAGACUAGUUUAUACAACCAAUCAUGCAAAACUUGUUCGAAUUGGAACUUCGUAUGAGUUCAAUAGGAUUUAUGGCAUAGAGGUGAAUAAUAAAUAUGUAUUUGUACCGCCCAACAUAAUGUUUUCAAGUGCGCCUGAGAGACCAACCCCAUUUUACUGCUCUUUGCUCAGCGCACUCUCACGCGUUCUGCGAAAAUGCUCAAAAACCUAGAAUACUGCUAAUUACGUUCUAAUUACGUUCCAAGUAGUUUUAAAAUGUGAUGCUUAUUUACUUUUCGCAUUCUAAUUUUUUUUAGAUAUUUGAAAAUGAGAGUAAUGCACGACCGUUGAUAUUUAUAAACUGUGGACUGCAUGCUCGUGAAUGGCUGAGCCCAGCUACAUGUAUGUUCCUUGUCAGGCAGGUAAUGUGACCAUUUUUUCUAUCUAAAAAUGCGGGGGAAUCUUUAUCGCUCAUCUCUUUAUUGGCAAUGAUUGUAAUACAUACGAGUUCUAAGAUCACGACAGUGUAUUGAGUUUUUCAAUUUGACUGUCUUUAACAGUUGCUUUCAAAUACUUCUCAUAAUGCCUCAUCACUUCGAAGCGACUACACUUGGAUCAUUGUACCUGUUCUCAACGUUGACGGUUAUCAAUACUCAUUUAGUACGGUGAGAUUAUUUUAUAUGUCUUGUUUUGUGAAAUUUAUGAUAUAAGAAAUAAGUGUAUACUGUACAUUACACAAAUCAUUUUUCAAACAGGAGAGAUUUUGGCGAAAAAACCGUUCAUUUGGACGAGGGGGGUGUAUCGGUGUUGAUCUGAACAGGAAUUUUAACCAUCAAUUUGGAGGUAAAAUAUUCUUUGAAAUUUAUUCAAAGUUGAAACAUGGUUUCGCUCGCUACUCUGGUUUAAGUAAAUGAAUAUAAUCCUUGGUCGAAUUACAUUCACAACCCAGCCUUUAGACACUCCAGUCUAGUAUCUUCAUCAGGGCUGACCUGACGUCACACCCGUGUUAUGACGUCAUCAUCGACCAAGGUUAAGACGUUAAGUAGUGAUUAGAGUGUUCUGAUUUGUCUUCCACUGCUGCUACCAUUGACCAAUCAGAUGCGUUUAAUCUACCCGAUUAACCAAUCAGAUGCGUUUAAUCUACCCGAUUAACCAAUCGAAUGCGUACUGAGCCAUUGAGAUGUACUGGUUUCCAAAGAAAUCGCAAGUUUUGUUUGACAUACUUGAUCGGCCAAAACUAAUUUCCCCUUCAUCAUAGAAAAUACCACUUUUAUCAUUUUAGGCGCUGGUACGAGUGCUGAUCCGUGCAACAUGUUAUAUCAUGGUCGCCAUGCAUUCUCAGAACCUGAGACUUACGCUUUAGGACGAUACCUCUUGUCUCGGAGAAAUGAACUCAAAGUUUUCCUGGAUAUUCAUUCGUUUGGUCAGUUAAUUAUGUCACCAUGGGGACACACCAGACGAUAUUCACCUCAUUAUAAAAGUAUACAGGUAUAUAUUACAGCUACAUCUCUGAUCUCUCACAAGUGAAGAUUGUGUUUUUGUUAAUAUGUUUGUACGUUGUUAGGAGCCACUGAUGAAGAGAAUGUCUGAUGCUAUUGCUGCCGUUCAUGGAAGAAAGUUUACGUACGGAUCUGCCUGCAUUGUUAUCUGUAAGUUUUGUCACGUGUUUAUGGAUUGCUGGGCAAGCACCAAGGAUACUGGACCUCUGGGAAGAACAGUUUAGAACUGAUAGAGUUACCUAGUAUAAACAAUGUUUGUUUAUAGUUCAAGUUUCCUUCUGUAGUAACACUGGAUCAGUAUACAAGAGAUGUCCCGUAGUUACUGGACCUCUAAGGAGAAUAGUAUAGAACUGAUAGAGCUAUCUAGUAUAAACGAAGUUAGUUUCUUCCUGAAGUAGCACUAGGGCAGUUAGUAAGGGAUCAACCCUCCUAUAGACCUCUAGUGUGAACAAGUUAGAACUGGUAGUAAGAACUAGCAAGUAUAAACAAAGUUAGUUUCUUCCUGAAGUAGCACUAGAUCAGUAAGGGAUCAACCCUCCUAGACCUCAAGCGUGAACAAGUUAGAACUGGUAGAACUAACCAGUAUGAACAAAGUUAGUUUCUUCCUGAAGUAGCACUAGAUCAGUAAGGGAUCAACCCUCCUAGACCUCUAGCGUGAAUAAGUUAGAACUGGUAGUAAGAACUAGCAAGUAUAAACAAAGUUAAUUUCUUCCUGAAGUAGCACUAGAUCAGUAAGGGAUCAACCCUCCUAGACCUCUAGCGUGAACAAGUUAGAACUGGUAGUAAGAACUAGCAAGUAUAAAAAAAGUUAGUUUCUUCCUGAAGUAGCACUAGAUCAGUAAGGGAUCAACCCUCCUAGACCUCUAGCGUGAACAAGUUAGAACUCGUAGAACUAACCAGUAUGAACAAAUUAAGUUACAGUUGAAAAAAUUUUCUGACAAUACGCUAUAUUCCUAGACCCUACCACAGGCGAUGCUACUGACUGGACAUACGCCAAUCUGGGAGUCGUUCAUUCAUACAGCAUUGAACUGCGACCAACGGUAUUUCAAGAUGAAAGAGGAUUUAUUGUCCCUCCAGAACAAAUUGUGGAUUCAGGAAGUGAAAUAUUGAAUGGAAUGAUAGAAUUGGUCCGAAACUUAGAUGAUUGAGAGAGUUUGGUAAGUAAACAGUACGUACUACGCAACAAGCUUUGAAAUAUGGCCAGUUUCUAUAAUGCACUGAAACUCGGAGCUGUUAAUCUAAUAUAUAUUUCAAGAAUCCAGCUGGUCAAACCUUUAACACUAUAGUAACGAUAUUUAAUGUAAGAAUAAACCUAAGUAUGGAAUAUCUAGAGGCAAGUUAUAUAAUAAGAAUUGGUUAAUAAUUGGUUCUCGUCCUAUACACGGAGUUAUGGAGUUGUUUAAUAACUGGUUUUCUUGUUGCCGUAAUCCUUCAUAUUGAUUGAAAGACUAUGCAGUGCCGCGAAUGUUUCGUCCGCUGUUGGAAUGAUUUGUUCCUUUGGAAGUACAAAGCCGUGCUUUCCCCUGUCUCGCAGUUCAAAUACGAAAGCAUAUUUCACUCCCAUUGAUCCAUACACCCAGUCCUUAGCGCUGCCAGAUGCUUC